AUGACCGCCCCAAUGCAAAUGCAGCACCUCGCCGCCGCAGCCCUACCCGCCUACACCUGUCCCCCGGGGACGAAGAUGCACAUUCUCAAUUUGGGGACGAUGAAUGUGGACGAAGGAUGGCUCCUCACCGGCGCCAACGGCAGCUCCGCCAGCAACCCUAACCCGCCCAACAAACGCCGCGACCUAAUGCUGAUCGCCGGAUUGAUCGAGCACCCCGAGAUGGGCCUGAUCUUGUUUGAAACCGGGAGCGCAGAGGAUGUUGAUCGGCAAUGGGGCCCCCAAGCCACCGACCUCUUCCCGCGCACGCACUACGAACCGCAGCACCACCUCCCCGCCGCCAUCCGCGCCACCGGCCACGAGAUCCGCGACGUGAAGGCCGUGAUCAUGGGCCACCUGCACCUGGACCACGCCGGCGGGCUCGAGCACUUCCGCCACACGGGGGUGCCCAUUUACGUCCACGAGGAGGAGUUCAAGCACGCCUGCUGGGCGGCCGCGACGGGCGCGGAUGGCGGCGUGUAUCUGUAG